AUGUGUUGUACAGGAAAAUGUGCCCGUCUGGUGGGCCUGAUCCUGCUGCCUUCUGCUUUUGUCUGCAUGAUCUCCAACCUGCUGCUGUUCUUCCCCGAUGGGGAGAACCUGAAGAAUGACCAGAUCUCCCUCCAGGUCUGGCUCAUGGGGGGGCUCAUUGGAGGAGGCCUUUUUAUGCUGUGCCCGAGCUGCUCGGCUAUCAGGGCUGGGGGCAAGGGUUGCUGUGGAAAAGGUUGCUGCGGCAACCGUUGCCGGAUGCUGAACUCGGUCUUCUCCUCCGCCUUCGGCCUCGUCGGAGCCAUUUACUGCAUCAGCGUGGCCUCGGCCGGUUUGGCCAUCGGACCCAAAUGUCUUGUGGAUGAAAAGUGGAUAUACCCAUUUGAGAACACGGGGACCGGUAACACCAGCUACCUGGUAAACCAGACUCUGUGGUCAACCUGCGAAUACCCCGAGAACGUGGUGAUGUGGCACGUUGUGCUCUUCUCCAUCCUCCUGAGCAUGGGCGCUCUGCAGGCGGUGCUCUGUGGCAUCCAGGUGGUCAACGGCUGCAUAGGAUGCAUCUGUGGAGACUGUCGGGAAAGUAAUGAUGAUGACGGAGGACUGUAGAGGGGAAGAUUUCUCUGCUGGGACCUAAUUUCAUCAAACUGUAACCUUGGAGAUGUAAAAAAAUGUAUGAGAAGAA